AUGAAACUAUCUGCUGUUCUCCUUUUUGGCCCUUGGGUCACGACCGCUUCACUGGUCAAACGUGGAGAUCUUGCGCCUGCAGCCACGACCACUGAUUCCGCCGCAGUCGCUUCAGCAACGCGAAUCAGCGCACAGAACGCCACGUCCACAAAUCUUGCUCCAUACAAUGGCAAUUCGUCAGCCUAUUAUCUUGGUUAUCGAGGUGAAGAUUUUCAGAGGCCAUUUGCAAAGUACUGGAACCCAACCAUCGCCCCGCUAUUUGAUGAAUUUCUUAACGGACUCGUAGCAAGUCCUUGGGCCAACGCCCUGGCAUACAUCGCACACGAAGCACACGAUUACUUCACUCGACCCGGAUACGACACUCUUGAAAACGGUUUUACCAUCACUGAAAACGGCACGGUGGUGAUCGCCGUGCGCUCGGAGAUCCCACAAAUGACUGGCGAAAGUUUCGACUGGUGGUUCGCUUGGCACCAAACCGAGGCGGCGAGAUACAAGCUCUGGAAUCCCGUCGCUCAUGCAUACGUCUGGAGAGUGCCUGAGCGCGAAUCCUCAAAGAUAAGCAUUGGCUUUAUCCAGCCGGAGACGCUGGGUUUCAACCAAACGAGCUGGCCUGCGUUGGGCAUCGAGACCAUUGUAAUGGGCCAUAUUCUGAUCGGCAGUAAGUCAAUUUUGUGCAUCGGGGCAAGAGAUUGGCUCAUACCAACGUAA